AGUUGAGUCAAGAAGAAACUAAAUACCAAUUUGGUAAAUUCCUAGGGGAAGUGAGGUGCUUUAAAUAUAAAAAUCUGAUAUCUGUUGUCUUUAUUCCUACUUCGAUAGGAGGCAAUCUUCACAACCACCAGUUUCACAGAACCCCCCCAAAGGAGUAAACAUGAUGGAACAGAGAAACUGGAGACUGGGAUCACUUGUGUUCUCUUCUUCUCUCCUCUGCAUUUCUCUCCUCCUCCUCUGCUUUUCAGUUUCUGCCGCUCAAGGAUACAAAAACUACACGGUUGGUGAAUCAUUGGGUUGGUACGACACCCUUCAAAAGCCCACUGUCAAUUACCAGAAGUGGGCUGCUGAUAAGGAUUUCAGCUUGGGAGAUUUCCUCAUUUUCAAUACCGAUAGCAACCAUUCCAUUGUACAGACAUACAAUUUCACCACGUACAAGCGUUGCGACUACAACGACGCCCAAGACAACGACACAAUCGAAUGGUCCGCCGCGGAUCCCUCCUCCACCAGCCCACAGCCGGUCACGGUGGCGGUCCCCCUGGUGAAACAAGGAAUGAACUACUUCUUCUCCGGCGACUACGACGGCGAGCAAUGUAAAUUCGGGCAGCAUUUCAAAAUAAACGUAACUUACGGACAGGGACUUCCCCCGAGCUUGAAGAGCCCCUCGGAGGACGCCCCUGCUCCGGCGAAUCCCGAUUCCGGGGACGAAGAAUCCGCGCCGGACACCACCGUCCCGUCAAAUUUUAACAAUCCCAAGGAGAGCAGUGACGAUGAUAAAGUGGAAUCAGGGUCUGUUUCUUUAUCAGUCUUUCCGAAGCUGUUCAGGAGGGAAAUGAACGGACUUCUGCUAUUGUUAGGGGUCAGUUUGUUAUUUCUGAUAGUUUGAGGUUAAAAAAAAGGAAGAGGGAGGAGAGCAUAUACAGUAUAUGUUUUUUGUUCGUUUUAUUUUCAUUUUAUUUACAUUUUCUUCCAUAUCGCGUGUAUUUAUUCGUGAGCUUUUGUGAUGUUUAAUUAGGGGAAUCUGUGAUUUGUCUUAUUGAUGCAAUAAAAUCGAUGUUCCUCUU